GCCUGAAGUCUAAGAGGAGAAGAGCCAGUGUUUUGAAUCAAGGGUGGUCGCCUCCGACCUCCCUCUGCAACGGUGGUGCCCUAGGCUGGCCUAAUACGCAAUGCUGGGGUUUUCGUACUCCAGAGUCCACUUCUCUUGAUUGAGGCGCUUCCUCAGAACCCCUGCAACCAUGACCUUUGAAACUUUAAGUGCGCGGCUGCCGCGGCUGAGAGACGGGUGCGUUCGAGGGGCGUGGUAUGUGCAGAAUCAUAAGGAGCUCAAAUGUGAAGGGAUUGCCAAUCAUCAACUGUCCGCCUCCUUUCAAAGCAAGAAGAUACAGGGGGCCAUACAGGUGCCCAGAAGCCUGUUAACAUCCAGAUCUCAUGUGUUCUGCGAACAAGUUAAGAAGAAGCUGCAAUAUUGCCCUGGGCAGCUGAUUGCCCCAGUGUGUGGUAAUACUCUCCACAACCGACGUUCCGUGGGUGGCGCUCAUGGGAAACCUGCUGCUGUUCAAGUUUCGGCAGACCUGGAUCAAUCAAGAAACUCAGCCAAUGUUCCCAAAGAAGUUCUGAAGCGUGUUGCUGUGAUUGGGAGUGGCGUUUCAGGUCUGGCAGCUGCAAAAGCUUUUUUGCAAGAUGGGCACUUUCAAGUGAGUGUCUAUGAGCAGCAGAAUGAGCUGGGAGGUCUGUGGGCCAAGACGUACGAAACCGCUCGCAUCCAGAACGGGAAGUCAAUGUAUGAGUUCUCAGAUCAUCCAAUGCCAGCUGAAUUUCCGAUGCUGCCGUCAAAAGAUCAGGUCAAAUCGUACUUAAAAACUUACGCGCAUCGUUUCAGCGUGGAUCAGCACAUCAACUUCGGUACGCGUGUCGCAAGCAUGCGGAAGGCAGAUCUAGACAGGACCGGGGCAAGUUGGGCAGACUGCAAAUGGAUCCUGGACCUCGAGACACUGGGAGAAGAUGGGGCAUGGCGCCAUCACAAAUCAGAAGAAUUUGACUUGGUCAUCAUGUGCCUUGGCAAUUACAGCGAGAAACCGCACCUGCCGUCCUUUUCAGAGGGCAAGGGCCCGGAGGUCUUUUGUGGGGAGAGCAUCCAUUCCGCUUCAUUCAAAAGUGCGCAAAACCUGCAGGGCCGCCACGUUGGAGUCAUAGGCUUUGGAAAGACGGCUUUGGACAUUGCAGUGGCAGUUGCUGCCGCACAAGAGGAGUCGGGGCUGCCAGUCACUCUUAUCUUCCGAAAAGCAAAGUGGAUAAUACCAAGGAAAGCGCUCGAGAGGCGGGGGAACAAUUCGCGGCCGUAUUUGCGCUUCACCGAGCUGUGGGUCGCCAAGCCGGAACGGCACUGGGCGGAGCACCUCCUCCACACGCUGGGGUUCCCGCUGGUGUGGCUGUACUGGGCUGUGCAGCAGCGAGUGAUUCGGGGCAUGCUAGACGGGUUGGUGCAGAGCGGCAGCUACCGGCCGAGGCACUCGCUGCAGAGCGCACUGGGCUGCCCUCUGGCCUUGGAACCGGAGGGCUUCCAGGAGCUCGUCAAGGCGGGCCGCAUCGUGCUCAAGGAGGUCUCAGACUGGCACUACACUGAGCGGGGCCUGCGGCUGAAUGGUCACGACGACCUGGCCUUGGACACGGUGCUGCUGUGCACCGGGUAUGACGGGCCGAGCAAGCUGGCGGAGAUCCUGCCGGAGAAUGAGAGACAGUUUCUCGCUGAGCAUCAGGAUGGUCUCCAUCUUUUCAGGGGCAUCAUCCAUCCCAAGGUGCCCGCCGUCGCCUUCUUGGGGUACAACAUGACGUUCUCGGUGGUGCACUCGUCGGAGCUGGGGGCAAAGUGGCUGGCCAAGCUGGCCGGCGGGUCCUUCGAUCUGCCUAGUGAAGAGGAGAUGGAAAGGGACAGGGAAAAGUGGCGAACGUUCCGUGAGAAGAACUGGAUCUCUUAUCCGGAGCGAGGGCAGUGCUUUGCUCCGCUCAAUCUGACAUACUACGACAUGCUUAGAGCCGACAUGGGCUGGCCAAAGCUGGUCCUGAGUUCGAACCCUCUAAAAAAUCUGAUUGCUCCCAUAGCAUCAAGGGAAGUGUGCGAACCUUGAAUAUUCAUUGAGUUGUAUAUAGACUGAAUAAGUUGCACUGAGCUCGCUUAAUCUGGUUACUUACUGAACAGCAUAUACAGCAUAGCCUUCAGCGCGUUGAUUGCAUCAAGCGCCAAGUAGUUCGCACCCCACGUUCUUAAUGCAGGAGCCCAUGAAGUGUGGUCGCCUUUGAUUCUUAUAAGCUGUCGCCCCUUUUUUUUCCUAUUCUUUUGUCUAAAAACCUUUGCAAAAAGGGGGCGCCCCAGGGGAUUUGCCCUUGUAUAUAGUGCCUGGCCCGCAUCCCCGCUAGACUUGAAA